AUCGAGACUACUUCAAGAUUCAAACAUCAUGAGUUCAACUGACAAAGCCAUUGAAAAAGCAGCAGCCGAAGCACCGCGGAAGCAGCCACCGCGUCUCAACGAGAGAAUUCUCUCCUCUCUAUCAAGAAGAUCAGUGGCCGCGCAUCCCUGGCACGACCUGGAACUCGGCCCUGGAGCCCCCCAAAUCUUCAACGUUGUGGUGGAGAUUACAAAGGGAAGCAAAGUCAAGUACGAGCUCGACAAGAAAACAGGAUUGAUUAAAGUGGAUAGAAUCUUAUACUCCUCCGUUGUUUAUCCUCACAACUACGGCUUCAUCCCUCGAACGUUAUGCGAAGAUAACGAUCCUCUUGAUGUUCUUGUACUGAUGCAAGAGCCGGUGCUUCCAGGGUGUUUUCUGCGAGCGAGGGCGCUAGGGCUUAUGCCCAUGAUUGAUCAGGGAGAAAAAGAUGAUAAGAUCAUUGCAGUGUGUGCUGAUGAUCCUGAGUACAAGCAUUACACUGAUAUCAAAGAGCUUCCUCCCCAUCGUCUAAUGGAGAUUCGUCGGUUCUUCGAAGAUUACAAGAAGAAUGAGAACAAGGAGGUGGCAGUGAACGACUUUUUGCCUUCAAAAACAGCGGUUGAAGCUGUUCAGCACUCUAUGGAUCUUUAUGCCGAGUACAUUCUCCACACCCUAAGGUGAUAAUACGAUACAUGAAGUUAUGGACCAAUGGUGACCGUUAGAUCUGGUAUCUUGGAUAGUGAACGAGUAAUAUUUUUUUAACUGAUACUUUCUUGAUAAUUUUUAUUUUU